AUGUUACAUACAGCUUUGACCACGGCGUUUUUCAUUUGCCAUGUAUUUGGGCUCCAUGUUUACAUGGGUAACGGCGAUGUUAGGUGUUUUUAUGAGAAUCUCGUCCCGGGAAGUCUAUUGAAGGCUAAAUUUCAGACCGCUAUUGUAAUUGACGAGAUGGACUUUAACCAACAGGUGGAUUUCAAUUUGACGGCCCUAAUCAGCGAGACUUUUGACAAUGAUCACAUAGCCUUGCGCCAACAAGUGGGGCCUGAGGGCGAAACUGUGUUCACUGCCCUUGGAAACGGCGAGCAUCGAAUUUGUCUAAAAUCCGCGAUAUCGGAGCCUCAUGUUAUGCUCAGAGUACAACUCGCUUUUGAAAUCUCCAGACUGCAAUUACCUGAUCUAGACAUCACACAGAAGGCCAAGUCUGCAAGAGAUAGGAUCGAGCGGCUUGUGGCCCGUAUGGAAACGCUACGGAAUGAACAAAGAGCUACAAAAGCUAGGGAGAAGGCAGCCUCUAAACUGAGCGAAUUCGUUCAUUCGCGAGUAUUGUUUUGGUCGCUUUUUCAAGUGCUUGUGUUGAUCACAUCCUGCACCAUCCAGCUUAGAGCGCUGAAGUGUUUUCUCCAACAUCAUCCCUGA